AUGAGCGUUUCCAUCUCCACAGUUAAGACCAAGGUCUAUGAGGGACAGAAGCCCGGAACCUCUGGUCUCCGUAAGAAAGUGACUGUCUUCCAGCAGGAACACUAUGCGGAGAACUUCAUUACCGCCCUCCUUCUCUCCAUCCCAGAAGGAGUUGAGGGCUCAUUCCUCGUCAUUGGUGGUGACGGCCGUUACUACAACCCCGAAGUUGUCCAGAAGAUUGCAAAGAUUGGUGCUGCCUAUGGAGUCAAGAAGAUGCUCAUUGGCCAGAACGGCAUUCUGAGUACUCCUGCUGCCAGUCACAUCAUCAGGAAGAGGAAGGCUACUGGUGGUAUCUUGUUGACCGCCAGUCACAACCCCGGUGGUCCCACCGAGGACUUCGGAAUCAAGUACAACCUUGCGAACGGUGCCCCGGCUCCCGAGAAGGUUACCGACCAGAUCUACGAUUACACCAAGACGAUCCAGGAGUACAAGAUUUGUGAUAUUCCAGACCUUGACUUGUCAACAAUCGGAACCAAGACCUACGGCUCUCUUGAGGUUGAAAUUAUCGACAGCGUCGAAGACUACGUCCUCUACAUGAAGGAGAUCUUCGACUUCCCGCUCAUCAAGUCCUUCUUCGCCGAGAACCCCAGCUUUAAGGUCCUCUUCGAUGGUCUUCACGGUGUCACCGGUCCCUACGGUAUUGCCAUCUUCCAGAAGGAACUCGGUCUUCCCGAAUCCUCUACCCAGAACUGUGUCUCACUCCCCGACUUUGGCGGCGGGCACCCCGACCCCAACCUCACCUAUGCCCACUCUCUUGUCGCCGCAGUCGACAAGGACAAAAUCCCCUUCGGUGCCGCCUCCGACGGUGACGGUGACAGGAACAUGAUCUACGGAGCGAACGCAUUCGUCUCCCCCGGAGACUCGCUCGCCAUUAUUGCGCACCACGCUGACAAGAUCCCGUACUUCAAGAAGCAGGGUGUCUAUGGGCUUGCCAGGUCAAUGCCAACAUCUGCGGCUGUUGACCUUGUUGCCAAGAAGAAGGGCCUUGAGUGCUACGAGGUGCCGACCGGAUGGAAGUUCUUCUGUAGUCUGUUUGACAGCAACAAGCUCAGCAUCUGUGGUGAGGAGAGUUUCGGAACCGGUUCAAACCACAUCAGGGAGAAGGACGGUAUGUGGGCUGUUGUUGCCUGGUUGAACAUCAUUGCGGGUAUCGCCAAGGAGUUGCCCGCCGGUGAGCAGCCGUCUAUCACAAACAUCCAGAACGAGUUCUGGAAAGAAUAUGGCCGCACUUUCUUUACCCGUUACGACUACGAGAACGUUGACUCUGCCGGCGCCCAGAAGCUCGUUGACGGCUUCGCCGCCCACGUCGCCGACAGCUCCUUCAUUGGCAGCGAUGUCGCCGGCAAGAAGGUCACCGACGCCGGAAACUUCAGUUACAUCGACCCCGUUGACGGCAGCGUGUCUAAGAACCAGGGGCUGUUCGCCCGCUUCGACGACGGCUCCAGAAUCGUCGUCCGUCUAUCAGGAACCGGUAGUUCCGGCGCCACCAUCAGACUUUACUUGGAGAGACACACCUCGGACGAGAGCAAGUACAACCUCGACGCGCAGGACUAUCUCAAAGAGAACAUCAAGCUUUCUGUAGACUUCCUUGGCUUCCAGGAGCACGUCGGAAGAGUGGAGCCGGAUGUCAAGACUUAA